AUGGUACUCUUGCUGAUGAUGAUCGUAAGAAAUAGAAGUGUUCCGAUGGAAACAGUGUACUUGCCCAUGUGUCGCAGAAUAGUUCAACCAUCAGAACUGGUAAUUCCAGCAACUCCUGAAACUUCUGAUGCUAAUGAUGCUAGACCAUCCUCUUCAAAAGAGCCGCUAAAAGUUGCUAGUUUUAGAAGUUUGUCUUUAGAUGGGACUACUAAUGAAGAGGUAAUGGUUAAAGUGAUCAAAGAAUUUGGAGAUCCAAGACCAAAUGCACCUACAGUUUUGCUUGCAAGUCAUCAUGCCUCAGGUAUGGGGAAAAACCUAAUAGCUACUUCUAGAGUCUAUUUCUUAGAGCCAUGGUGGAAUGCAGCUCUUGAAAAUCAGGCAGUGGAUUGGGUUCAUCGGAUUGGCCACAAGGAGGAAGUAAAGAUAGUUAGGAUAAUUGCUAGAGAUACCAUAGAAGAGAGGAUAUUAAAGUUACAGAAGAAGAGGUAG